UGGAAUGAGAUUACCAAGUACUUCCGAGCAUGAAUGCCCCUAAGGAAGCACAGGCAACACUUCAAGAAACAUGGGAGCUGCUUCACUGCCUCAGAAGCUGUGGAUUGGCUCCAUGAAGUGCUGAGGAAUAACAGCAGCUUCGGUCCUGAUGUGACCAGACAGCAAACUGUGCAGUUGCUGAGGAAGUUCCUCAAGAACCAUGUCAUUGAGGACAUCAGGGGGAGAUGGGGAGCUGAAACCUUGGAGGACAAUGGUGCUCUGUACAGAUUCCCUCCAACAUCUCCAAUCAAACCUCUACCAAGCCCUCCCAAAGAGAACUUGGAAAACUUCUCUGGAGACAAAGAAAAACUCUUGAAACUGCCCCAUUUAUCCAAGAAGAAAAACCAGGACUUCCUGCAGCCUCUGAAAAGCUUAGACAAGACUAAACCUGCUCUAAUAGAAGGAAACAAGGAAGGCACAGUGCAAAGAAAGGAGAUCAGCCAGGAAUAUGUGCAAGAAACAUGGAGAAACAUCAUUCUAAUACAUCUGCAAACCAUCUUGGGCCUCCCAUCGUUGGAGGAAGUGCUGCAGCCAGCACAGAUAGUUCCUGGCUAUGUCAUGUACAACAUGACCAACACCAGCAAGCAUGGGGUAGUCAUUCUGCAGGACAAGUCAGAAGACCUCCCUCACUGGGUGCUGUCAGCUAUGAAGUGCCUUGCUUACUGGCCCAGAAACAACGACCUGAGCCAACCAACUUACAGUGGGUUUGAGCGAGACGUGUUCAGAACAGUUGCUGAUUACUUUCUCAGCCUCCCUGAGCCAUUACUUACUUUUGAAUACUAUGAACUCUUUGUAAAUGUUCUAGAUCUCCUCCAGCCUCACUUGGAGAGAAUUGCAGUGGAAGCUCUGCAGAUCUGCUGCUUGCUGCUGCCACCACCAAAGCGCAGGAGGCUGCAGCUCCUGCUGCGCAUGAUGGCCAGGAUAAGUGGCAAUGUGGACAUGCCUUGCCUGCAUGAUGCCAUGGGCAACAGGUCUCUGCUGAUCCAGACAUUUUCCCGCUGUGUGCUGCACUGUGCAGAGGAGGUAGACCUUGAUGAGCUGCUGUCCACACGCUUAGUGUCGUUU